AUGAGCUCCGCGGCGAACCAAACCGCGGGCCACGCCGAAGGUGUCGUGAGCACCGCGCCGCGCGGGACCCUGCAGGUCAUCUUCGGCCCCAUGUUCUCCGGCAAAUCCACGGAGCUCGCGAGGCGCAUUCGACGCCACAAGGUGGCCAACAGGCAGUGCAUCGUCGUCAAGUACGCGGGCGACACGCGCUACGAGGACGAGCCCGGGCGCGCGGAGGCUGGCACCGCGGACGCCGCCAACCUCCGCGGCUGCGUCGUCACCCACGACCGUCAGGCGCUCGUGGCGUACCCGGCGCGCGCGCUCGAGGACGUGGACAACGUCGUGCACGCGUUCGACGUCGUGGGCAUCGACGAGGGUCAGUUCUUCGGCGACCUCGUCGAGUUUUGCGAGCGGUGGGCGCGGAUGGGCAAGACGGUCAUCGUCGCCGCGCUGGACGCCACGUUCCAGCGCAAGCCCUUCAACGACGUCCUCUCCCUCGUGCCCAUCGCGGAGGACGUCACCAAGCUCAGCGCGGUGUGCAACGCGUGCGGAUGCGACGCGUCGUUCACCAAGCGCGUGGGAUCAUCCGACGAGACGGUGGAGCUCAUCGGCGGCGAGGGGAUGUACGUCGCCACCUGUCGAGGAUGCCACGACCUCCCCGCGUCGUCCUUUUCGGGGGCGAGGGGAACGAACACACACGCUUUGGCGGCGGCGUCGACGCCCAAGGCGGCGUUCAAUGCGUCACGAACACCCCAGAGGCCCCCGUCGUCGGCGUCAUCCGCCGAGCGCAUUCGCAAAAGAACCGUGGGACCGGAGGGGACGCCAGUCGCGGGUCUCGUGAAGACCAAGGGCGACGUGGACACCGCGCUCAAGGCGCAGGCCGGCGAUAAGAGCGCGAUGAGCGAGAUCGGCGAUAAGAUGCGGUCGUUGGCCGUGAUGGACUCGCCCGCCACGCCCGGAGAUGCUUUCGGAGGCUUCGGCUAUGAGCGUUCCGUCGGCGCCACGCCCGGAACCGCCGCGAGGAAGAAGGCGGCCGGGCUGGGCGCCGCGGCCAUGGCGGCCGCCGCGGGGGUCGCGGGCGGGUCGCGGUCGAAGGGCGCGGGGGGUCCCGGUCGAUCCCCGUACAACGAUCUCGCGGGUAGGGGCAUGGGAGCCGUCGCGCGCAGUCCGCUGGCAAGCCUUCGCUGA